AUGGAUUCCACAAUAUCCUCCUUCGGGGAGAAAGACGAUUUGACAUGUAUCGAGAUGCUGAACAAUGCGCUGAACCUCGCGAAAACUGGAGAUUUCCCCAUAGCUUUUGCAAAACUCGAAGAAUGCCUGGAGCACGGAACAACGAAUCUCAACCUUCUUCCCACAAUUUAUAUGUGGCUUGGGAGAAUCUCGAAUGUUUUGGGAUUCUAUGAGAAAACUUUUUCGUUUUAUCAAUACGAAGUUCAAUUGCACAAGUUAGUUUAACUCAUAAAAAGCUGAAAAAUCAUAAAAAAUUGCAGAGUAAAUCGAGACAUGAAACAAGCGACUGAUGGAUAUUUGAGAUUGGCGGCGAUUUGCAACAAAAUCGAUCGGAAAAAGCGAGCAAAGAAGGUGCUGAAAGAGUUUGUCGAAUAUGCGCAAGAUGAGAAUGAUUGUGUUGCUUCGACAAUUGCACGGGCUCAUUUGAUUGAUUUGUUAUUGGAUGAAGCGUUUGGCAAAACAUCGGAGGAGAGAUCGGGGGUUUUAGAAGAGGCGCAGAAGUUGUUGAAGUAUGUGAUCAACAUGAGUUAUGACGUGGCUUCAGGAAAAUCUUGAAAAUAUACCCUAACUCAUCAAAAUCGUUAUGAAUUCUAAUUACCUUUUCCAACGCUAUCGAAAAUCUCCCCGAAAUAAACACGCAACGCAGACCGCGCCGCGCCAAAACACACACAAAAAGGGAGGGAAUUUGAAUCGUUCCCUUAUUUGUGUGUGUUGUGGCGCGACGCGGUUUGCGUUGCGUGUUUAUUUCGGUGGAGCGCGUGGAGUACCGAUGAGAUUUUCAAGAUAUUUCGAAUUUUGCCACGUCAUUUGACAUUUGCAUCAUGAUAAAAAUCUACUAGAACCCCAAAAAUCUCAUUAAAAUCGUUGCAGAGAAUGCGCAGACUAUGCAAUCGGCUCCGAAUUAUGCCUCGAAAUCGAUCGACUCCAGGCCAAAUACACCGUGCUCACCGAAACCCCAAAAACCAAAAAUGCCAUUGAAAAAUAUCAAAAAUGUUUGAAUAAAUCGCUCCAACUCAAAAACUACACGAAAGUGCAUCAAAUUGCCUUUGAAAUGGCUCGAUUUUGCUUCAAAAAUGAAAUUUUAUCGCAAAUCGAGCGGAUAAAUUGUGCAAUUUGUUAUGCGCAAAAAUCGGGGGAUGCCGAGGAGAUUGCCACGUUUUAUCAGGUGAAAUUGGCCAAGUGUUUUGAAGAGAUUGGACGAUUUGAAGAGGCUUAUGACGUGGCAAUGGAAGCGAUGCAGAAAAUCGAGAAGAAAAAUGAAAAUAUGAAGAAGUUGUUGCAAGAAGUUCGAUUGAUUAUUUGCAAAGCUUUGGUUGGAAUGAAGAAUCUUGAAAAUGCUGUGUAUUUUUUGGUUGUUGCUAGUAUUUCAGCUGUUGAGGUAGGGAAUGGGGAAAAUUCUUGGAAAAUUGGCUGAUUUUCCUUGUCGGGACCUGGAAAAUCACAUUUUUUCGUGUCGAGACCUGAAAAAUCGCUGAUUUUCUUCUGAGGAUUUGGAAAAUCGCUAAUGUUCGUGUCAGAACCUGAAAAAUUACAUUUUUUCGUGUCAGGACCAAAAAAUACGCUCAUUUUCCUUUAGGGACCAUUAAAAUCGCUAAUUUUUAUGUCAGAACCUGAAAAAUCACAUUUUUUCGUGUCAGGACCUAAAAUUACGCUCAUUUUCCAUUCGGGACCAUUAAAAACGCUGAAAUUCUUCUGAGGACUUGGAAAAUUACAUUUUUUCGUGUCAGGACCAAAAAAUAAGCUGAUUUUCCAUUCGGGACCAUUAAAAACGCUGAAAUUCUUCUGAGGACUUGGAAAAUCGCUAAUUUUUCAUGUCAGGACCAGAAAAUACGCUCAUUUUCCUUUAGGGACCAUUAAAAACGAUGAAAUUCUUCUGAGGACCCAAAAAAUCGCUAAUUUUUCAUGUCAGGACCAGAAAAUACGCUCAUUUUCCUUUAGGGACCAUUAAAACGAUGAAAUUCUUCUGAGGACCCAAAAAAUCGCUAAUUUUUCAUGUCAGGACCAGAAAAUACGCUCAUUUUCCUUUAGGGACCAUUAAAAACGCUGAAAUUCUUCUGAGGACUUGGAAAAUCGCUAAUUUUUCAUGUCAGGACCAGAAAAUACGCUCAUUUUCCUUUAGGGACCAUUAAAAUCGCUGAAAUUCUUCUGAGGACUUGGAAAAUCGCUAAUUUUUCAUGUCAGGACCAAAAAAUACGCUCAUUUUCCUUUAGGGACCAUUAAAAUCGCUGAUUUUCUUCUGAGGAUUUGAAAAAUCGCUAAUGUUCGUGUCAGGACCAGAAAAUCGCUAAUUUUUCAUGUCAGAACUCAAAAAUUGGUGAUUUUUCGUGUCAGGACCAAAAAAUACGCUCAUUUUCCUUGUCGGGACCUGGAAAAUCGCUAAUUUUCAUGUGAGAACCUGAAAAAUUACAUUUUUUCGUGUCAGGACCUAAAAAUACGUUGAUUUUCUUCUGAGGACUUGGAAAAUCAGUAAUUUUUCUGUCAAAACCUGAAAAAUCACAUUUUUUCGCGCCGGGACCUGAAAAAUCGUUUUUUCCCCAGUCAGGACCAUUAAAAUCGCUAAUUUUCAUGUGAGAACCUGAAAAAUUACAUUUUUUCGUGUGAGGACCAAAAAAUAAGCUGAUUUUCUAUUCGGGACCAUUAAAAACGAUGAAAUUCUUUUUGAGGACUUGGAAAAUCUACAAUUUUUAUGUUAGGACUCAAAAAAUUGAUGAUUUUCCAAGUCAGGACCAAAAAAUACGCUCAUUUUCCUUUAGGGACCAUUAAAAUCGCUAAUUUUCAUGUCAGAACACACAAUAUUUUUGAUUUUUGUGCCGGGACCCAAAAAUUGAUGAUUUUUCGUGUCAUGACCAAAAAAUCGCUGAUUUCUCGUGUCAGGACCUAAAAUUACGCUCAUUUUCCUUUAGGGACCAUUAAAAUCGCUAAUUUUCAUGUGAGAACCUGAAAAAUUACAUUUUUUCGUGUCAGGACCAAAAAAUAAGCUGAUUUUCUAUUCGGGACCAUUAAAAACGAUGAAAUUCUUCUGAGGACUUGGAAAAUCAGUAAUUUUUCUGUCAAAACCUGAAAAAUCACAUUUUUUCGUGUCGGGACCAUUAAAAUCGCUAAUUUUCAUGUCAGGACCCAAAAAAUCGCUGAAAUUCUUCUGAGGACUUGGAAAAUCGCUAAUUUUUUUGUCAGAACUCAAAAAUUGGUGAUUUUUCGUGUCAGGACCCAAAAAUUAGUGAUUUUUCUUUUUUUCCAGCAAAAAAACGAUGAAAAUCUCCACAUCUUCUACGAAAUCAUCGACAAAACAAUGCAAGAAAUCCAAAAUCCAACAAAUAUUUGUAUAAAUCAGCGGAAAAUCACAAUUAUUCUCGAACAAACGACAACUUUCGAAGUGUGGAAAAUGACAAUCUGUGAGAUAAUUGAGGAGGCGAAAAGGGCGCGAGAGUUAGCGGAACUCGCGAAAAAAGAGGAGCCAGAAAUGGAUUUGUUUGAGAUGAUCGCGAAAUUGAAUGGAAAUCGAAUGGAAGAUCAGCGAACUGUUUUGCCGCCCAGUUUUGCAGUUCGUAAGUAAGAAAAACUUCCGCUCUGAGCCGGGAUCGAACCCCUGACCCUUUACUCCAUGAGCCUUUUUCAGCUCGUUCAACUUCACGUCAAUCGAAAACCAGUGAAACAAAGAAGAAAGGAAAGAGUUUUGCAAUUCUUCCUGGUUUAAGAAUCCCUCUUCAGAAGUUACAGUAAGUCUAUUUUUUAAAAUUUUAACCGAAAAACUCCUAUUUUUUCCAGAGACCUAAAAAUCGAUAAAAAGCGUCUUAACUCACUGCUCAAAUCAUCAAAAUCGUCCAAAAUGCCCAGCAAAACCUCACUGGACACUUCCGAUAAGGAAAGUAGUGUAUUUGAUUUGGCAUCACUCGAUAGUGUUUCUUUAAAUAAGGAAAAUAUGCAUAAUUGA